GCUCUCCGGCCGGGCUCUCCGGCGGGCCGGGCGCUCGGGGGGCUCGUCCUUGCUCCCCGCCGCCUUCUGCCGAGCCGAGGGGAUCUCUCUGGAGCCGGGCGAGCCGCUGCUGGCGGGGAUGUGAUCGCAUAGCAACACAGCAGCCGGGGCGGUGGAGGAGGAGAGGCAGCGGUGCUGAGGCUCAGCAUGCAGCCCUGCCACCGGGGCUCCUGUGCUGAUUCACAGCCAGCCCCGCUGCCCGCUGCCCCCGCCGCUCGGACCCGGCGCGCUCGCAAGGUGCUCCAUGCCCGUGACCAUCAGCUCUGAUGCAGCCCCUGGUGAUGCAGGAAUGGCUCCAUGUCCUCCCUCCGUGUCCUGAGUGGCCCCUCCCGGCCCAGGCGCAGCGCAGCCCUGCCCGCCCGCUCUCUCAGGUUGAAGCCUCACAGGAUGGUGCAGGACCCUCGUGUGUAACCCCCCGGGCUCCCAGCAGUGCUGCCGGGCCCCAGGCCCCUCUGGAGAUGAAUCUUUGCUGGAACGAGAUCAAAAAAAAAUCCCACAGCCUUCGGGCUCGGCUGGAGGCCUUCUCUGACCACAGUGGGAAGCUGCAGGUGCCUCUGCAGGAGAUCAUUGACUGGCUGGGGCAGAAGGAUGAGGAGCUGUCGGCCCAGCUGCCCCUGCGGGGCGAUGUUCUCCUGGUGCAGCAGGAGAAGGAGACACACGCGGCUUUCAUGGAAGAAGUGAAGUCUCGGGGGCCAUACAUUUACUCGGUCCUGGAGUCAGCACAGGCUUUCCUUUCCCAGCACCCAUUUGAGGAAUUAGAAGAACCAACUUUGGAAAGCAAAGAUGUGUCUCCCCGGCACCGGAUCCAGAACAUCAGCCGCUUUGUGUGGAAGCAGGCCAACGUGGCCAGCGAGCUCUGGGAGAAGCUCACAGCGCGCUGCGUGGACCAGCACCGCCACAUCGAGCGCACCCUGGAGCAGCUGCUGGAGAUCAAAGGGGCCAUGGAAGAGCUCAGCACCACCCUGGACCAGGCUGAGAGCGUGCGGGAGACCUGGGAACCCAUCGGGGACCUCUUCAUCGACUCCUUGCCCGAGCACAUCCAGUCCACCAAGCUGUUCAAAGAGGAGCUCUCCCCCAUGAAGGAUGGGGUGAAAGUGGUCAAUGAUCUUGCACACCAGCUCGCCAUCUCAGAUGUCCACCUGUGCAUGGAGAAUUCCCGCACCCUGGAGCAGAUCAACACCCGCUGGAAACAGCUGCAGGCCUCCAUAAAUGAACGCCUGAAGCAGCUCCAAGAUGCCCACCGGGACUUCGGACCAGGCUCCCAGCACUUCCUCUCCUCCUCUGUCCAGGUCCCCUGGGAGCGAGCCAUUUCCCCCAACAAAGUGCCAUACUACAUCAACCACCAGGCCCAGACGACGUGCUGGGACCACCCAAAGAUGACAGAGUUGUACCAGACGCUGGCGGAUUUGAACAACAUCAAGUUCUCGGCGUACCGGACGGCCAUGAAGCUGCGGCGGGUGCAGAAAGCCCUGAGAUUGGACAUGGUCACCUUGGGCACGGCUUUGGAAAUCUUCAACGAGCACGACCUGCAGCCCAGCGAGCGGGCCAUGGACGUGGUGGAGGUGAUCCACUGCCUGACCGCGCUCUACGAGCGCCUGGAGGAGGAGCGGGGCAUCCUGGUCAACGUGCCCCUCUGCGUGGACAUGAGCCUCAACUGGCUGCUCAAUGUCUUUGACAGUGGCCGCAGUGGGAAGAUGAGGGCUCUCUCCUUCAAGACGGGCAUCGCGUGUCUGUGCGGGACAGAGGUCAAGGAGAAGUUCCAGUAUCUCUUCAGCCAGGUGGCCAAUGCCGGGGGCCUGUGUGACCAGCGGCACCUGGGAGUCCUGCUCCACGAGGCCAUCCAGGUCCCUCGCCAGCUGGGGGAGGUGGCAGCGUUUGGGGGCAGCAACGUGGAGCCCAGCAUCCGCAGCUGCUUCCGCUUUAGCAAUGGGAAGUCUGCCAUUGAGGUGUCCCAGUUCCUGGAGUGGGCCAACCUGGAGCCACAGUCCAUGGUGUGGCUGGCGGUGCUGCACCGGGUGACCAUGGCUGAGCAGGUGAAGCACCAGACCAAGUGCUCUGUCUGCCGGCAGUGCCCCAUCAAGGGGUUCAGGUAUCGGAGCCUGAAGCAGUUCAAUGUGGAUAUCUGCCAGACCUGCUUCCUCACGGGGCGAGCCAGCAAGGGCAACAAGCUGCACUACCCCAUCAUGGAGUACUACACCCCAACCACAUCCAGUGAGAACAUGAGAGACUUUGCCACGACACUGAAGAACAAGUUUAGGUCCAAGCAAUACUUCAGCAAGCACCCACAGAGAGGGUACCUGCCCGUGCAGUCUGUGCUCGAGGCUGAGUGCUCUGACACCCCAGCCUCCUCCCCGAUGUUACCACACGCUGACACACACUCCAGGAUCGAGCACUUUGCCAGCAGGCUUGCAGAGAUGGAGAGCCAGAAUUGUUCCUUCUUCAGUGAUAGCCUGUCCCCUGAUGACAGCCUGGAUGAGGAUCAGUACCUGCUGCGCCAUUCCAGCCCCAUCACGGACAGAGAGCCUGGGGGCAGCCAGCAGGGUCCAGGAGGCCUCAGCAUGGAUGACAAGGGAGAGCUGGAGAGAGUCCUGGCCCACCUAGAGGAUGAGAACAGGAUCCUCCAGGGAGAGCUGAGGCGUUUGAAAUGGCAGCAUGAUGAGGCAGUGGAGUCUCCAACCUUGGCCUCAGGCUCUCCUGAGUCAGUGCAAGACCCACGGAACGAGGAGCUGCUGGCGGAAGCGCGGAUCCUCCGGCAGCACAAGAGCCGCCUGGAGACACGGAUGCAGAUCCUGGAGGACCACAACAAGCAGCUGGAGUCCCAGCUGCACAGGCUGAGGGAGCUGCUGCUGCAGCCUCCAGCAGAGUCAGAAGGCAAUGGUUCAGCAGCCUCCUCCUUGGCUUCAUCUCCACACCAGUCAGAAGGCGGCCAGGCAAAGGAGAAAGAGCACAACACCCCUGACACUGAAACUGCAGAUGAGGUGGAAGCCAAAACCCAGGAGGUCAGCAUGUGCCUGGAAGACAUCAUGGAGAAGCUGCGGAGCGCCUUCCCCAGCUCCCGAGGUACUUGAGGGAAAUCCUCCUCUCUCUCUUACUGCUCCCUCAGGGGAGGCUUUCCCUACAGAGCCCUGCCCCAGUCCCAGCUUCCCUGCCACAGCUGAUGACCUGCAGUGCUUCAGCCAAGAGCUUUGCUGCUGCAGUGCUGCUGGGAUGGGUGCGUGGCUGGGAGUGGAGGAGGAGGAGGCUUCACACCUGCAAGGAGAGGCCAUGAGAGCUGCCAAGAGCACAGACCAAACAGAUCCCUGUGAUGAGCUGCAGGGCAGCCUCCUGCCCUGCUCAGGACCUGCACCCCACCGUGAGGAUGGACAGACCUGCCAGCACCACCUGCAGUGACAGCUUUGAGCCCCCUCCUGCCUUCAUCCCUGUCAGACCCCUCUGCAGGAGAGGUGGAGGCCCCAGUAGCCUGAUGAGAUGGAAGCAAUGGUGCAGGCUCUCCUGGCUGCUCGUGGAUGGCUCUUCCCAGCAGGGAUGUGUGUGUGGAUGGCACUCCACUCACUCAGGGGGUUUUGGUGUUGGUCAUUCUGCUCCUUCCCUCUGUGCUCCAGUGCAGGGGCAGCAAUUGGUCUCUUGCCCAGGCUGCCAGAGGGAGCCAUUGCUUGCUGCCAGCACUAACAUGAGGUGGUGGUCUGCCCAUGCAGACUCUUGCCCACUUUCUGCCAUCUCUGAGCAGGAUCCUCCUGGCUCUGCAGCAGCCCCCUUCUAACCAGGUGGCUCUGGGUCCUGUUUUCCUGACCUGUCUAUUUCUCUUUCAGGUAUGACCUCCCUUAUCUAACACCUCCUGUGAGCCAGAGGCUUUUCCUAACCAGCUACCUGGCUGCUUUCCUCCCCUCUCUCCCUGCCAUGCUCCCUGUGCUGCAGCAGACCUCACACAGACUCCCUCCGAGCUGGUGGUGCAGGAUGCUUGCCAGCUCCAGAAGAUCUCAGGGGAACAUAGGUCAUGCAGGAGUGGGACUGUGGGCUCCCCAGGAGGCUGGUUUGGUCACUGGCCACAGUGUCCAAGCCUGGGUGGGAUGGUUCAGAAGAAAGAACUGAAGCCAUGAAAACUGCCAGUCUCCCCUGGCACCCACAGGGGAUGCAGAGCUCAGCAUCCCACUCUUCAUCCCUGCCCAGGAGCCUCCAGGUCUGUGGGCACCAAAACACUCCUGGAGCCACACAAUUUUAAAAAUAACUCUUUAUAACAGUGACCAGCUUCCAGCCUUAUGGUUUGAACUCUGCCCCCCAAGGCUCUGCAGCCAGGCAGGCACAUACCACCAGGAGAGAGUCUGUGAGGUUUAUGGAGUAGGGAUUGAGUCCAUGUUAGAGCUUCUGCCCAGCUAGUAGCCUUAUAUUGAGAGGGUCUUUAUAACAGAGCCUUAUUGUUUAAUUUGCAUAUAUUUCUAUAUAUUAUAUAUAUAUAUACUGUACUUAAAUACUCUCAUGGACUCACUCUAUUAAACUCUGAUACCUUAAGUGUAGCUGCCCUUCACUUUCAGACCAGCUCCUGCUGCCAGGGGAGCCAGCACCUUCCCUGCUGCUGGUGUUGCCUUGCAGGGCUGCAGUGGGGGAGCUCAGUGAGGGCUGCACCCACAGCAGGCACUUCACCCUGCCUGGUGUCCCGGGGAUCUGUGCCUUUGCCAUGGCAGAGUCCUGCACAGACCCAGCUCCAUGCCUGGAAGCUCCUGCAGCCAGGGUUUCUCCAGCCAUUCUCCAGCCCUGGGGCCACCUUGGUGUGAUGCAAGUGUGGGUGGGCAGCAGGACGGGCAGGGCAGUCCUGGCUGCCCCAAGGGGCUGGAGGCCCUCCUUGGGAGCAGUGCCAUGGGGCAGUGCAGGGAGGCUGCUGUGCCAGCUGGCAGGGCAGCUCGGGGGUCCCUCGGGCUGGCUGGCUUGUGCUGUGUUAUGUCGAGAAAGAGGCAGAGUCAGGUGCUGCAGGGGAGCCCAGAGUGAGGCUGCCAUGGCCCCGGUGCUCUGGAGCCACAGGGUGUGGAGAGAUGAGGUUUGAGCCCUCGGGGCAGGGCAGGGCUGCUCACUGGGGUGGAACAUCUCAUUUAACAGGGCUUGCAAGGACACAGCCAGGGCUGGUGUGCUGGCUGGGACAGGACACGGUGCUGAACUGUCCGGGGAGGUUGUGAGCAGGGCUGUGGGCUUGGCUCUGGGCUGCUGGCAGAGGUGAGGAGCAGUGCUCACCCCAGGACAAGGUGUGAGCCUUACAGCCAGGGCUGUGCAGCAUGGAGUGCUCCAGUGUCUGCUGGCAGCAGCGUGGGUGGCUGUCCUUGCUACCCCUGAGUGGCAGGAGGGCAGUGUGGUGGCAUUAGGUGGCUUUGGGCACGCUGUGUCAGGCUGUGGGUGAGAGGGACCCCGGGCCAGCCUGUGAGACCCAGCUGGACCCCUCUGUUAUCCCAGGGGCAGGAUGGGAGCAGCGUGGGGAGCAGCAGAGUGAGGAUUGGCCUGAGGGUGUGCUCAGGAGUAUCCAGCCUUGGGGGGCACUGGAAGAGGAAAAGGGUAGGAUGAGGACAGAGCUGCUGGCCCCAGUGCCAGCUGUGGGGAGCAGAGGUGGCCAGGUUGGUGCUUGGGCUGUGGUUGGGAGCCAGGAUGUGUCAGGGAGGGGAGCAGGCUGGCUAAUGCUCUGGUAACCAUGUACUGUGGUGCUGCUGUCCUCACUGCUUUGUGGCAUCUCUGCUCUGGAAAGAGAAUAAAUUUGUAUUUAUACUGAUGCCUGGA